CUUUGAUUUCACAGAGGAAGUAUCCAUCAUCACUUGACUGUACUGACUGUCUCAUGACGACUUAGGCCUUGACCAUGACUCUCAGUUCAGUAACAUUACACAAGAGUAUUGGAGGAAGGCCUCUUCUGUAGAGGGGAGUUUUGUUAAGAUUCGCAACGCUCAGUCUGAACAUUAACACGAGUCCCUUUCUGUAUUGGAAGCAUUAGGACAUUUCAUAUCGUAAAUAAUAAUAAAACAAAGUUAUAUUGAUACACACCUUUUUAUAGGGUUAGGGUUCCCACACGGACAUAUUUCAUGUUUACAGCCCUAGUUUACGGGAGACGCUGGACUGUGCUAAUAGCUAUCUGCGUCUCUGAACACCUGUGUGUAAAUGGAAGACCGGCGCCACACACGUCACUGAAACGAGCUGCAACUAUGCUAAACCCGGUUAACACAGUGUACACUAAGUGUGUAUUUUGCAUUUGUGAAAUUAUUUUGAUGUGAUAUGAAAGUAAAGGGAUUUAUGUUUCUAGAGCCAUACUGCAAUUGAGAAUCUAGUCACGUGUAUAUGGAGUAUUUAGCUGUUAUCUUCCAGGGCCAAUUCGCCCUUUAAACAACAUGUAAGGUCCUUGGACUACGGAGUAACGUUAGGCUCUUUUAGUCUAAUAUUGGGCUAAUGAUGACUGCGUGCUUUAUAGCUCGUACCGUAAAUGAAGACCGAAUUCAAGUGUAUCUCUCUGAAUUGUCUAUAAACAGUCAAUGUGAAAAGGAUGUGAUUGUGUUUGAUUCAAAUAAUCAAAUCAGUGUAUUUCAGUGAAAUCAGGUAAAACUACACGGCUGACACUAAUCUAAAAGUUACACACUCCUGAACUGAUGAGCCAAUGGGGUUGAUGAGCGCUCUUUUUCUUCGUCCGCCCCCUAGCAGGUAGAUUGUCCUCGAGUGAAGAUCGUAAAAACUCAGGUACAUCUCAUCAGAGCGCAGACGGACCUACUUCCAAACAACUAAAUAUUCCCCUCGGCUUCGUUUGGAGUUGCUCUCUCCGGUUUUGGUGUUUCUUUAAACGACGGAAUUAAAGUGCACCGAAAAGUAAAAUUAAUGGCCGUUUGCUGAAAUUCCGAGGAGGUAAUGACUUCUACACACGACUCAACGCAGAGUGACUGGAUACAGCCUUUGCCGUGGUAAAUUGGAGAUAUACCAACAAAAAACCGAGGUGGUCUAAGCCAAAGCUGCUGUAGAGAUGAGUUGGGGGGUUCUGUACGCCCAGCUGGGCGGGGUGAACAAACACUCCACCAGCCUGGGGAAGAUCUGGCUGUCUGUCCUAUUCAUUUUCCGUAUCACCAUCCUGGUACUGGCGGCCGAGAGCGUGUGGGGAGACGAGCAGUCUGACUUCAUCUGCAACACCCAGCAGCCUGGCUGUAAGAACGUCUGCUAUGACCACUUCUUCCCUGUGUCGCACAUCCGUCUCUGGUGCCUGCAGCUGAUCUUCGUGUCUACACCGGCCCUGCUGGUGGCCAUGCACGUGACUUACAGGAAGCGUGGGGACAAGAAGCACAUCAUCGCGACGGCCUUGCACAGUGGUGGUGAUGACAAGACCAGGCAGGUGGACCUAGAGGCCCUGAAGAGUCGUCGUCUGCCCAUCACGGGGCCUCUGUGGUGGACGUACACCUGCAGCCUGUUCUUCCGCCUGAUUUUUGAGGCUGGCUUUAUGUACGCCCUCUACUUUGUUUACGAUGGCUUUGCGAUGCCUCGUCUUGUGAAGUGUGAGCAGUGGCCCUGCCCAAACAAGGUGGACUGCUUCAUCUCACGACCCACAGAGAAGACCAUCUUCACCAUCUUCAUGGUGGCUUCGUCUGCCAUCUGCAUGGUUCUCAACGUGACCGAGCUGGCCUACCUCAUCGUCAAGGCCCUGAUGAGGUGCUCCACCAGGAUGUCCAAGAAGAGCCGUGCCUACGCUCACCCCGAUCACAUAACCACGAACAAGUCCCUACUACAGAAUAAAAAGAACGAGAUGCUGCUGUCCUCUCUUACAGAUUCCUCCAGCACCAAGACUGUGUGAGCCCAGCAUAGUGUCCAUGUUCUUCCCCAUUUAGACUACAGAGAACUAGGGAGUAGAAACCUAUCAGUGUUUUGUUACCAUGAGAAGUGAACAUGCGUGAGGACAUACCUGUAGCAGCUGAGAGGACUGGCCUAACCCUGAGUCUGCUUUUCUGGAGCAGAUUCCCAAUUCCAGUCCUCCAGUACCACCAACAGCAGAUGUUUUUGUUGUAGUCCUGGAUGAACAUGCCUGAUUCAACUCAUUGAGCGAUUGCUAAUUAGUUGACAAGUUGAAUCAGAUGUGCUUGUCCAAUGUGUAUUGUUGGGGGUACUCGAGGACUGGCGUUGGGGAACACUGUCGUAGAGGAUAUUUAUCGUUCUGUGCCUUCCACUAUGACUGACUUAUGGGGUAAUGUUUUAGCAUUUUUUAAAUGUAUUUUUAUUUUACUUAUCUUGGUGUUUGAGUUACAUGUCUGUUUGGGAGGUUGAACAGCAGUGACAAAUGGGUCUAGAUCGCCACCUUCUGGUUUACAAUGAGCUUGCAGGAGUUUGUUUUAUUGUGGAGCGCAACCAGAAUUGGUUCAUGUUACUACUUCAGCUUUGUGGGAAACUUUUACCAAAGCAGAAACUCACAAGUGUGCAGUAUAGCUCCAAGUUAUAUUUGAGGCUCAUACCCGCGAAGGAAAUGUAUUGAGUACCAAAGCAAUUUUAGCGGUGUCAAAUAGUAUGAUGUAGAUGCUGUAUAUUGAGCAUUUACAUUUAAGUCACUUAGCAGAUGCUCUUAUCCAGAGAAACGUACAGUAGUGAAUGCAUACCUUUUCACAUUUGUUCAUACCGGUCCCCCGUGGGAAUUGAACCCACAAGCCUGACUCUGUAAGUACCACGCUCUACCAACUGAGCACAAUGUUUUUAGGUAGCAUGGUUGAUAACACUCGAACAUUCUGGACAGAUUUCCUGGCCCCAAUUGAAGCCUAUUCCUGUACUUAAAAAGCAUGCUUUUUUCCCCAUUGGAAGUGCUUCUUGGUCCAGGAGUAGGCUUAAGCUGGGUACUGGAAACGGACCCUCUGAGCAUUAUGUCAACUGAGUCCGACACAUAGCCUAUUGUUGUCAAGACUGAUUGUAAACGUGGCUACAGAACGUGGCUAUCAUCUUUCAGCUUGUUCCUUAUUUUAGGCACUGAACAUAUCACUGCACCUCUUUCAAUGUGAGUUAGCGGGCUGAUCUACAGGCAAAACUGGCCUAAUGUGCUUUGUCCAAAAAUGCAUGUAGAAGUUUGACCAUAACUUGUAUCACUGUAGUGACAAUUUGACUGUUACCUGUGAAAAUGUAAGGACAGUUUUAGCAAUUUGUGAAAGCACUUUGUGGGCUUACUUUCUCUCUCAAUCUUUACAGUUGUAUGGGGGCUUUUUGUAUGUUUUUUUUACAUUGACUGUUUGGAGAAAAUGCUAAAUUCAGUAGUACAAAUCGUUCGGGAACAUUUUUGAAAGCCUCAACAUUGUCACUUGCUUCUUUACAGCAGCUAGAGCCUAGCUAUUAAUGUACAGAUUUCUAAACUGCAUGUUUUUGAUGAUGUUUGUAUUUAUUAGAUCUGCACUCUGACCCUGAGUCUUGACUUUUAAUUAAAAAAACAAAUGAUA